CACAGGAAUGGUCCAGUUAGGGUUAAUCCCUGCGUCAUUCGAAGGACACGUAUUCCAGACUAGCCGUCACAAAGUUAGCGUAUCGGAGCAGAUGCUAACUUAAGAGUCCAUGUCCAAGCAACUCUAUAUCACCACGAUAUCGUCAGCUCUCGCAUGGAUCGGGUUCAGCCUUACCUGGGAGAUUGUGGCUAGAUUUUUGACGAAUAUUUUUAAUCCGCUUGCAUUAGCUUCAGGACAGCAGCUUGUUCCCACCACCAUGCUGAGGCUGCAGAUGGUCCUUGCGAUUUCAUAUAUCUCAACUUUCUGGCUAUAUGAGUGGCUUAGAGCUCCGCACACAGGAUUUCGUGUAUCAACCCUUCACCACUUGAGAGAAUGAUUUCUUGCAACUCGUGAGUGUAGGACUAACUCCAGCUUUCAUUUUUUCAUUCUAACGCUAUUCGAAG